GUUAUCGUCAUAAAAUUAAUCAAGAUAACAAAAUAUGACCUUUGUACAAUUAUUAUCCUUACUCAAUAGUUAGUUUUUGUAAUAUUUUCCUACAGUUAUAAAUAGUUAGAAUAUUAAUGACUAAAAGAUGACAAGUGAGAUACCUGAAUUUUUUGUUCAAGCAAAAUGGGGUAAAAUCGCUUGUAUAUCAUGUGGAAAUCCAAAAAAUUCACCGAUACUUUUGAUUCAUGGUUAUAUGGACACAGCAGCGACCUUCAUUACUAUUUUAAAACAUUUACCUAAAAAAUAUUACUAUGUUGCAUUGGAUUUGCCAGGCCAUGGCCAUUCCGAUCCUUUCCCCAUGGGACCCAUCAUAACCCAAGCUCAUCAGGUGUACGCCAUACACCAAGUUAUUGAACAUUUGAAAUGGGACAAGUUUAUGUGUAUGACGCACUCCGUUGGAUUUAUUUUAGGAGUAUUAUAUAAUAACCUCUACCCUGAUAAAAUAACAAAAAUGGUGAGUUUCGACCCCGUGCCCCCAAUAUCAACGUACUUAGCCCCGUACUAUAUCCUAAACAUGUGGUAUGAACACAGCUAUGAAGAAUUUUAUAAGAAUUAUUCGAGAUGGAAAAUGGAAAAGGAAAGAGAUUACACCUAUGAACAAGCAAUUAAUCUUAUAAUGAAGAACAGGAAAGUGAACGAAGAACAGGCUGCCAUAUUGCUGUCCAGAACAUUGAUACCUGUAGGCGAUAAUAAAUACAGAUUAUCGUGGGAUCCAGUAAUGAAGAAAUUAACAGCAGUUCCGAUGACGGAAGACACGUUUAUUAAGAUAGUUACAGUAAACGCACCACCCAUGCUCGUAAUAUCGGCUUCACAUGAUUCGACCGUGGAGUUUUUUAAACGAAAAGGCGCUAAAAUCAUGCAGAAAAUCCAAGAAACAAUGAAAAACCUCACGAGAAUUACCAUUGACGGACCCCACGACCUCCAUAUUGUUAAACCUGAGGAGUUUAUCGAUAAAAUUAUCGCAUUUUUCGACAGUCCUGUCAAAACAAUAGCGAAAUUAUAGUUUUAUUUUAAUGACUAGCCCGCUAGUGCAGUUCCGAAGGUAUUGUGUAGUGUCUUGAGUCUGACCGUAUGUGUAAUAUAUAUCAAUAUU